ACCCUCUCUCACACAAUUUUUCUCCAAUUUAUUAUUUUUACAUCGAAACGUUCCCUUGGUAGAUAUUCAUCUCCUGUUUCCAGAAAUUUCUGUUCCAGGGAUGCCAAGCAAUGCCUACCUGAGAGUCCAUUGGGAUUGGGAUUUGGAUCAGCCAAGGAUGUUAAAGAGUGGGAGGAUACAAGGUGCCCCAUCUGCAUGGAACACCCGCACAAUGCGGUACUUUUGCGGUGUUCUUCCUUUGAGAAGGGCUGUCGGCCUUUCAUGUGCAAUACAAGUUACCGCCAUUCAAAUUGUCUUGACCAGUUCUGUAAGUCAUCUGUGUCAUCUCCUUCAACCGCAUUGUUGCAGGAAAUUCAUUUGGGAAACAUGACCUCUACUUCUCGUAGUUGGAGGGAUCCAUCACCUUUUCAUGAUCACGCAGGGGCUGAUGGUGGUUUGCAGCCAAAGCUUGUUUGCCCUCUCUGUCGAGGGGCGAUUUAUGGCUGGAGUGUAGUAGAACCUGCUCGACGGUUUAUGAAUUCUAAAGCCAGGAAUUGUUCUUCUGAGACAUGUGAUUUUAGUGGGACUUAUGGUGAACUCAGGAAGCAUGCUAGGUCUGAACAUCCUUUGGUCCGACCAACAGAAGUGGACCCGGAGCGACAGCAUGAUUGGACAAGGUUGGAGCGUGAAAGGGAUUAUGAGGACAUGCUUAGCUCAAUCCAACCAGUUGUUAGGGAAGAAAGCGAUGGAGAAAGCAUUCCAGAUCUCGAUGACUUUCGUUCUUGGUUGACUCUAAAUCUUGCAUACUUGACACUUGCACUUGAGUUAAUCAGUGAUCCGAGAAGUACAGAACGAGGACAAUUUGGGGGACCGGGAGUUACUAUGUUUAGUUACCUAGGAGGAACUAAUCGUGCUAAUAGGGAGCACAAUAGUUCCGUACCAGAUAGAGAUCUCCUUGGCCACCGCAACAGUUCUUCACUAGGAGAGAGAUUUCAAGGUAGACACCGCAGCUCACAGGGCAUGCUCCAGCCGAGGCAUCAUAGUUCACCAUCGGAGAGCAGUUUCCGAGGAAGGCGCCAGAGUUCACAAGCAGACAGAGCACGUCGUGGCCAAGGAUUGCUAUGGCGAGCAAACGGUUCACAUACAUUCAAUAAUAGGCAGUAAUAGGAGCACCUUGUUGAUGUGGUUCCGAAGGCAGAUAAAAUUGUUGUGUGCUUGGUUGUAAUAGUGGAAGCGAAAGCCAGAGGCAAGGGUCAGAAUUAAGGUGUAUGAUGUCAUGUUAGAUUUGGAAGUGAAAUGCAGACAUUAUUGUCGGUUUUUCUUCCUCACAGAAUCAAAGGUUAAUGUAAAGAACAUGAAUUUUCUCAGUGGAAAUGUUACCUGGUUUUGCAAGAAUUACAUCUUUUUACUUUUAA